UUCAUUGGGUUACAGGCUUCCGGAGGCAGUUCCUAGUCCCAGCCAAUGCAUGGCCAAGAGGGAAGUGGAAGAUAUCAUUCAGAAACUUCCCGGCCACAUUCAUCGGAGGGAAGAGGCACAAAUCCGGCGGUCCAUUAAGAGCGUCACUUAAUAACUUAUAUUCAAUAGACUGAGUGCUGCUCUUCAGUAAGAUGGCAUACAUGAUCGUAGAGGAGAAAAACAAUUCAAUCCUUCGCCUUUCGAGGUCUCCCGGUACUAGAUCCUGGUCUGUAUUAGUUGGAAUUGGUUCAAUUGGUUUAGCUGCUGCCUACUACAGUACAGACAGUUGGGCAUGGAAAUUAUUCUACAUGGCUGGGUGCUUUUUUGUGGCUAUCCAAAACUUGGAAGACUGGGAGGAAGUUGUGUUUGACAAGAUUAAAGGGACUGCAAUUCUUAAAAAUUUCAACCUUUAUACAAGGAUAUUGACCAUGUGGACUAACUGUCAUGAGCAAGUCGUGGCACAGCUUCAGCACAUUCGUGACGUGUCUGUGGAGGAGGAGAGGAUCCGCUAUUUGGGCAAAGGUUAUGUGGUGGUACUGAAGUUUGCAACGGGAUUUUCACACCCACUUACCCAAAGCGCAGUGCUAGGUAAUCAAAGUGAUGUCAGUGCCAUAGCAGAACUUAUCGUGAACUUUCUAAACCUUAACAAACCUGCGCUUGAUGAGAAACCAGAAUUAUCUCCAGACAGCAGUGAUGAGACCGGCAGUGACAAUGAGAAGAACUGAAGAUUAAUGGCAGAAAGCAGUUCAGACAUUAAGAACAUAACCAAUUGAAAACCAAAGGCUUUUAACAUCUGACAGAGUUGUGGAACAUUUAAAGAAGUAAUCUAUUAACAUACCAGUUGUGAGAAUACAUAGCAAUCAAUAUGGCAGUCUAACUAUUCAUGAGCUGCUAUGGGACAAACAUUUUCCCUGGUGAAAUAAACUCUAAUCUUCACAUUCCUUUGAUGCUAAUAUGUACUUAGUUGAGCAGUUUUGUUGCUUUAAUUAAGUGUACUAUAAAAGUGCAAACUGUAAGAUAUAAUAGAUUUUUGGGGAAAACUGGAAUGGAGAAACUAGUUUGGUAUUUGAUUUUGACCUUUAUUUUUUCAAAAUAACAGUGGUGCAGCCAGGUAGUGCUCCUGCUUCAGAUGACCAGUGACCCAAGUUCAAUCCUGUCCUUCACUGUUGUCUAUGUGGAGAUUGCAUGUUCUCCCUGUGACAAAUUUGGCUUCCCAUGGCAGCUCCAGUUUCCUCCCUCGGUCCCAAAAGAACUGUUAAUUGGUACAUUAAUUAGUUGCUGUAAAUCACCCUCAGGUGGGUGGGAGGAGGAUCAGGGUGGAGUUGAUCUGCGGAAGAAUGGGAUUGCUGUGACAGCCAUCCUAGUCUGAAUGGGCCAAAUGGCGAUAUAAUAUGGAAAUAUUUAGCAUACACAGUACCAGAUAUCCGGGUUUGAUCCUGACUACAGAUGUUAUUGGUGUGGAGUUUUGUACGUUCUCCCUGUGACCUUGUGUGUUUUCUCUGGGUGCUCUAGUUUCCUCCCACAUUCCAGACGUGCAAGUUUGUAGGUUAGUUGGCAUCUGUAAAUUGCCUUGAUGUGUAGGAUGUGAAACUGGGAUAACAAAUAUACAGGUGAUUGAUGGACUUGGUGGGCCUGCUUCCACACUGUAUUUCUAAACUAAACUAAACAUUUCAUUUCAAGCUUCUUUCCAGGGUUUCCUGCUCAAAAUAAUUCAUAUAAUUGUGUUGCAUUCUUUGGCUAUUUAAACGGUGGCAUAGUGGUACAGUUGCUGCCGUCAGAGAACCGGGUUCGAUCCUGACUAUGGGUGCUGUCUGUACGGAGUUUGUACGUUCUCUCCAUGACUGCGUUGGUUUCCCCCAGGAUCCCUUGUUUCCUCCCAUACUCCAAAGACACAAGGGCUCAUAGGUUAAUUGGCUUUGGUGGAGAUAGUAAAUUGUCCCUAAUGUGUAGGAUAGUACUAGUGUACGGGGAUCACUGAUCGGCGUAGGCAUGGUUGGCCAAAGGGACUAUUUCCAUGCUGUAUCUAUAAACUAAACUAAACUUAAACAAAGCCAAAAACACGGAUGAGAAAUUAGCAUAGUUUAAAUGCUGAGUAUUUGAUAUUUUGAUACUAUUGUGAAUUGCUUAAUAGGUUUUAUGCGGGAGUUGCCUCGUUUUGGAAACCCUUAUAUAUAUUAUGGAGCUCCAAUCAGCUCCAAUCAGAACUACCAUUUAGUACAAAAAACUUUGGUCAAGCAUUAUCUGUGGAGUUAACAUUACAGCUUAAUAACUAUUUUAUAUUUCUAGCAUCUGCAGCAAUUUCCUGUAUAAUUUUGAAUUGUUUGCAUUUUCAAUCCUUUAAAUAAAACACAUUGUGAAAGGAUAAAA